AUGGCUGAGACGACCGCCCCAGUCCAGUAUCCCUGGCAAACCGCUCGCUCAGACAUUGAGCAGUGCGAAGCCAUUGAAACCCGUCGUGCCGAGCUGCAGGUUUUGCUGGCGGCAGAGGAUAAUGGCGAUGCCACCUUGACCGCUCACAUCCAAGAAUGGAAUACUCUGACCCAAGCACGCUCUGUCCUCAAUGCCAAGCUCCUCGAGCAGGAAAACCUUCGCCUCAAGCACGAAGCGGUUCUUGAUCUUUUUCACAUCUGCAACGAUAUUCUCAAAAGCCACGUUGAGUUUGACCAGACCGAAGCCGCCUUACUUCAUUGCAUUCGCGAGUCGCAUCAAAUGGCCAGCGCCUAUUGCGUCAAGCAUCAGCUGGACCAGUCACGCGAGCCAUCUAGCACCAACCCGUCGUCAGAGAACUCCGCAGUCGCACCACCCGCAACCAUACCCGCCCCGCCCCCUCCGCCGGCCAUGUCAGCGCCCCCGCCACCGCCACCACCAGGCCCACCGCCGUCCUUUGCCGCCCCCGAGCCCACAGAGAAACGCCCCAAGCGCGAAACUGCACCUUCGCUUCCCACCACCAGUCAACUCCCCAAGCCAUCGGCCGAGGGCUUCAAAUCUCCGCUGGCUCUGCGCACACCUCUGAAGCCAGUCAACAAUGCCUAUCUGGCAGACGUGGCCAAGAGUGGCAAGAGCAUCCUCCGCCGUACUGAUUUUCCCCGCUCUCCUGGAGGCACCCCCUGCCGACAGCGUCGCCGCCUUUCCACGGCAGAUGGGGCGGACCUGGUCCUGCUGGCCUUGCGCCGCAAGUUUGCCAAUGUCAACGGCGAUUCCCCUGGUGGUUCACCGCUGGCCAGCCCUCUGGCCAGUCCCUUUGCCACAACACCAAGCGCUCAGCCCAAGCGUGAGUAUACCCCCCACAUCAACUGCUCGCACCUUGCCCAUCGAGUGCUUUUGCUGCUGUGGUCACCUCACCCAGGGUCCCCCGCCUGCGAUGCAGUGGCAUUGGCCAGUCCCUUGUAA